CAGACACCAGGGUACUCGUCAAAAUGGCCAAGUCGAAGAACCACACCGCCCACAACCAGAACAAGAAGGCCCACAGGAACAAGAUCCAGAGGCCUAAGACCAACAAGUACCACUCCCUUAAGGGUGUUGACCCCAAGGUUCGUCAACUCGCAAAAUUUGGCAAGGACAUGGAUGGCAUGGGAACGGGAUGGAGAUGGGACUACUGUGGCACUGGAGAUGGCUGUAUACCGAGUGUGGGAGAUGGGCCAAAGGAAUCCGCCUUUUCAAGGAGGAGAAGCUAUGCUCCACUGCCGCGCGUCACCUCAUCCCAGCAGUCUUAUCUCCACCAGACCCUUCCCAUACCUCGCCCAUCCUUGCCAGACACCAUUGUACGACCUGGUGCUAAUGAUCAUUGCAGUUCCGCCGAAACGCCCGAUUCGCCGCCCAAGGUUCCGAGAAGGCUCAGCGUGAGGCUAAGGCUUCCGCCUAAAAACCUCUCUGUAUGAAAAUAUAGAAAGGAUGGGACUGUAGGGAAGAUGUAUACAUUUUCACUGCACUCUGCAGAUGGCGUCAUGCGUCGUCGACGUCGCGAGAGACAGAUGUGUCGCGUUUCUGGAUAGCAUGGCGGUCAGCUUGGACGAUUGGGGUAUGACCGUGCCGGUUGGCUGGGACACAGGGAUGGCUUCAUGGCAGACGCUGAGGUCACCGGCGACAUGGAUUACGGCCCAUGACCGUCCAGGGGCGAACUCGUCUCGUCGAAUAUCUGCACUCGGCCGAAAUCUUCAGUAUCUUUUUGGCUGAUCAUAAAACAUUCUGCUCACUGUUUUCUAUCAACAUCCGUCAAACCGCCCCUCGCCGCCUAAUGACCUCCUGACCCCUCACUCAUAACUCAAGCAAUCACGCCACUGUCUUGGCUGAGGACACGUUGGAAGGAAAUCGAGUUGGGGAGUGAUGUACUUGUAUCUUCUUGGUGCAGUGUGCUUGCUCACCAACGCUGUGAGAUCACUAGGAGCCUCCUCACCUAUUCUUGAGAAAUGUUUCGAGGCGAUUUGGAGGCAGACUGUAACAUGGGCAUAGCCAAAGUGUCCAAAGUGUCUUAAAGGCAACGCACAAAAGUCUAUAGACCAUUUGCAUAGCACAUAUA